AUGGAAUUACUCAUAGCCUUUCUAUUAAUCUUGGUUAUAUCUGCACGCCCAAAUAGACAGUCCAGUUUAGGAGAUAAGUAUAUUAAAUUGGGAACCACCUACAAAUAUAAAGAGGAUACUCUAAAUGGUUUUAAUGAAGGUUCAAAGUUAGGUUAUUCAAUUAACAUAAAACCAAAUAUUCAUUCAUUUGAUUUUGAUGAAUCAAUUGAAAGUGUUAAGUGUAAAGGAGAUAAUUUAGUUGUUUCAACAAAUAAUAGGUCUAUUGAAACAUGGAGUAAACAAUCUCUUGUUACAGGGUCUAAUGAAAUGUGGAAUUGUUCUUGUUCAUUAAACCGAAAAAUUAAGAAAAGUUUCUUUGAGGAAUAUUUUAACCAAGCAGAAAUAUUGUACAAACCAACAAUAGAUGACUCAAUAAGUAGAAGAACUGAAUAUAAUAAUUUUAAAAAUGUAAUUUUCAAAGUAAAACCUUUUGUAGAUACAUCAAAUAUUAAAGUAACUGCAACUCUAACAAAAAUACUUAAACCAAUUAACAAUUUAAAUAUAAAAGAAGAUUUAAACCUACUAAAGAAAUUACCAUUUAUUAUUGACUCACCACUAAGAGAUAUAAAUUUACUAGAAAGUGAUGUAUAUUGUGUGUCAUACAGUUUAUUAAAAGGAAAUAAAAGUAUAAUAAAUCAAGUAAUUUUAACGACUUAUGAAUUACAAAAUUUUUAUUUCCUACAUUCAAAUAAAAUAAUUAAAAGAUAUAUCAGUAAAAUGGAAAAGUAUGUGCCUGGUAAUAUUUAUACAACUUGUUUUAAAAUCGAUAAUAAUUAUCAACAAGAUAAAAGCUAUUUAGUUACAAUGAAAAUGAAAGGAUAUUAUGAAGUUGAAAUUAAUAACUUUUAUGUAGAAAAACCAGAAAGUUCUAUGUCAAUGACACAAACUGAAGCAAAGUAUGUAGAUUAUACACAAACAAAGAGAGUUACAGUUGAAUGGGAUUAUUUAAAUAAAACUAAUCUGGUAGAUCUUAUUAUUAUGAAAUUAAAAAGGUAUAAAUAUGAAAUUGAUGAAACAAAUAAAGACGAUCACUAUAUAAUAGAGUUUACUAAAUUAAAAGAAGAGUUUGUUUCAGAAAAAACAAUAGCUACAGAAGUAAAUUGUACUCAUUAUUUUAAAUUAAUUAAUCACUGCUUAAAUAAUUCAAUACAUGGUAAUUUGUGUUUAAUGAGAGCAUCAAGUUUCUUUACCAAUAAAUUUAGUGAUAUUAGUGGUGAACUCGAAAUUGAAACACCUAUACUUGGCACAUCAUAUAAAACAGGAGAUAAUAUUAUAGUUACCUGGAGCUGUAGAAAUUAUAGUGGUGAUAAAGAUUUAUAUAUAAAGUUAAUGAGACAUAAGAUAACUGCAACUUUUGUAUACUCAGUUAUAAAAGUUAAAGCAAAUGAUACAGGAAUAAAAAUCAAAGUACCAAAAUUAGAAGAUGGUACAAAUUAUUUUAUUCAAAUGGAAAGUGUAGAUAAUAAAAUAAAGAAAUAUGCAUUCUCUGACUUUUUCUAUAUUAAUCAUGUAAAAAUAAUAGACUUUUAUAAAGGUGGUAUUGAAUACGAUACUCUUAAUAAACAGUUAUUUAUCAAAUUUAAAACAAUAAGUCAUACUAAAUUGGAAAAUGAUUCAUUUAUUACUAUUAAACAAGAUUUUCCAAUGUAUAUAACAAAUGAACUUCCUUUAACUAAUGUAAAGUAUAGAAUUAAUUCUAUGAAUAUAUCGGAUAAAAUCACUCAUUAUGAAUAUUCUCUAAUUAUUAACCAUUUUGACUCUCCUUCGAUUUUCUAUAUAUGUUUUUCUUAUGAUUGUAAAAAUAAUGAUUCCAUAUGUCACUCUGAAUAUUCUCAAAAAUUUAGAGUCUCAAGUGGUUGGAUUACUUUUUGGAAUGUUAAUGAAUAUGGAAUUAUUGAAAAGAGAAAGUUAGAUUUGGUUCAAAUCAAAUGUAAAGAAUGUUUUAAAAUUAAUAAAAUAUCUACUGGUAGUACAUUUUGUAAAUGGUGCAAACAUUUUUAUAAGAAAAAAGUUCGUAGUAGUGUUAAAAUACGAUCAACCUGUGAGGGAUGCUAUCUUUAUAAUGACAUUAAAGUUGGACCAAUCCAAGUAGACAUAGGGCCUACAGGUAUCAAAAACGUUAAUGCACAUUUUGUUGGACAUUUAGGAUUAAAUUUAAAUGUAAAGAAUUUCUUUAAAGGUAAACUAAAGUUGAAACGCCGUAUCAAAUUCUUAAAACUACCAUUCUUUCGUAUUCUACCUAUUAAUUUAGGUAUUAUCCCAUUAAACUUUGGCGUGGAUCUUGAUUCUGGAAUUGUAUUCGAUUUAAAGUUAACAGGUUCAAUAGGGUAUAAGUCAAUAACUCAAAUGGAUAUAGACUAUGCUUUUGAUCUUUCUUAUCCACUUACAAAAACAAACAUUAAUACUUUAGUUAGUAAUUAUACACAAGUAUUGAAUAAAAAGAAAAUUAUAUUUGACCCUCUUAUUGAUACAAACGCUGAUGCAAAAUUAACAAUUACACCAUUUAUUGGAAUUUCUCUUUCAACACCUCUGUUUAAAGGAUAUGCAAAACUUAAAUUUCCUUUUGUUAAUAAAAUUAGUUAUAACAAUAAAUCAUUUCGAGGAACUAAUGAUUCUAGUAUUGCACCAAUUGUUAAGAACUUAGAAAAUGACCAUUAUUUUGAAUAUACAACUAGUGUUAAAGGAUUAGUUGAUAUUGGGUUUAAAUUGGAUUUGAUACUGUACAAAAAGAAAUAUAGUACUUCAAUUAAAUUAUUUGGCCCAAUAAAUUUAUUAAAAGCCGGUUUCAUUGAUGUUGGUACAUCACAAAAAAUUAUAGACCAACAUAUAACAACACCUUCUGAUUAUAUAAAAGAGUAUAAAAAUAAUACAAAAGAAUGUAUUGAACAAAUAACAAAGGAUAUUAUUAAACAUGUUUAUAAUCAUUAUUCAAAACGAAUAAAAACUGUUGACCUGUUUGUUCAUUAUCAUGAACAAAAGAAUAUAUCACAAAUUAAUCAAUCUACUAUUUUUAAUAUUAAAACUCCUAUCAUUUCUUGUAGUGAAAUGAUAAUGACUCAAUUAGGUACUGUGUUGAAUGUUAAUGAUUUUAAGUGUAUUCAUCUUACAUUAUAUUCAAAAUAUAAAAAUGAUUACAGUGAUAGUGAAAUAAAUUAUGAAGUUACUAAUACAAUGAAACAAAUAACAAAAUUUAACAUUAAUACAAAUAAAAGUACGAUUCAUUCAAAUAAUUCUGAUGUUAAACAUUAUUCAUUUCAUAAAAUAUGUUUUAUAAAUGAUAACGUAACUUUAGUACACCAUUAUAUCGUAUUUAAUUUAUUUGAUUGUAUUGAAUACAAUCAUAAUUCAAUAAUUUUUAUAACAAAUACAAUUUUUAAUGUUUUAAGAAGUAAAUAA